AGGGAGAGAGAGAGAGAGAGAAGCGGUGGGCUGCAGCGGCCUAGCUCGCGAUCCGGGCGCCGAGCUGUUCCGGGCUUGGGAUCGGUCGCGCGGCUCUAUCGGGGAGGCUAGGGCUCGCCCGGCGGGGCGCGAUGGCGAAGGGCGCGGUCGUCGGGACGGCGGCGGUGGUGUGCGCCGCGGCCGCCGCUGCGGUUGGGGUGGCGGUGGUCGUGUCGCGGCGGCGGCGGCGCCGGCGGGAGGCGGAGGACGAGAGGAAGAGGAAGGCGGCGGCGGUGGUCGAGGAGGCGGAGCAGGCGUUCUCCACGCCCACCGCGCUGCUGCGCGGCAUCGCGGACGCCAUGGUGGAGGAGAUGGAGCGCGGCCUGCGCGCCGACCCGCACGCCCCGAUCAAGAUGCUCAUCAGCUACGUCGACAACCUCCCCACCGGGGAUGAGCAUGGGUUGUUUUAUGCACUGGAUCUUGGCGGGACCAACUUUCGUGUCAUACGGGUUCAACUUGGAGGAAGGGAGAAGCGUGUUGUGAAGCAACAAUACGAGGAGGUCUCCAUUCCGCCUCAUCUCAUGGUUGGGACUUCCACGGAGCUGUUCGAUUUCAUUGCUGCCGAAUUGGAAAAAUUUGUGGGGACUGAAGGAGAGGAUUUCCACCUACCAGAUGGCAGGCAGAGAGAACUCGGUUUCACCUUUUCAUUCCCAGUGCACCAAACAUCAAUAUCAUCCGGCACUCUAAUUAAGUGGACCAAGGGCUUUUCCAUCAAUGGCACGGUUGGAGAAGAUGUUGUGGCUGAAUUGACUAGGGCUAUGGAGAGGCAGGGUCUUGACAUGAAAGUUACAGCCCUGGUUAACGAUACUGUAGGCACAUUGGCUGGCGGGAGAUAUGUGGAUAAUGAUGUUGUUGCUGCUGUAAUAUUGGGCACCGGCACAAAUGCAGCUUAUGUGGAACAUGCAAAUGUGAUUCCUAAAUGGAACGGGCCACUACCUAGAUCAGGGAAUAUGGUAAUCAACAUGGAAUGGGGAAACUUCAGGUCAGAUAAGCUUCCAAGUUCGGAGUAUGAUAAAGCGUUGGACUUUGAAAGUUUGAACCCUGGCGAGCAGCUAUAUGAAAAGAUGAUUUCUGGAAUGUAUCUUGGAGAAAUUGUUCGGAGGAUCCUGCUGAAACUGGCUCAUGACGCCUCUUUGUUUGGGGAUGUUGUUCCACCAAAAUUGGAACAAUUAUUUAUACUGAGAACACCGGAUAUGUCAGCCAUGCAUCAUGACACCUCACAUGAUCUCAAACACCUGGGAGCUAAGCUGAAGGAUAUUCUGGGGGUUCCUGAUACUUCCCUCGAAGCAAGAUACAUUACUCUUCAUGUAUGCGACCUUGUCGCGGAGAGGGGUGCACGCUUGGCUGCUGCUGGUAUAUAUGGCAUUCUGAAGAAGCUGGGCAAGGACAAAUUGCUAAAUGACUUCAGCCAACAAAGGACUGUGGUUGCUAUGGAUGGUGGGUUAUAUGAGCAUUACAAGAAGUUCAGCUCCUGCCUAGAAGCGACACUUACAGAUCUUCUCGGUGAGGAGGCUGCCUCAUCGGUUGUUGUCAAGUUGGCCAACGACGGCUCAGGAAUUGGAGCCGCGCUUCUUGCAGCCUCACACUCCCAGUAUGCUGCAUAGUCCUAGGAACUCGGCUCCUAGUGUAACCUUUUUGUUUCCCGCUCUUUUCCCCCUCAGCGGAGCUCCCCUCGUGCGAUUCGCAUCUCUUUUUGCCUCUGCAGCAGGAUAUAGCUAGUAUGGCGCCAAUGAGUUUGCAGUAUAUCACUUGGAACAACCAUUAGCAACUGCAGGGAAGUGGAAGCGGACGUCUGAAUGAAGCCGUUCCUUUCCUGCCAAUUCUUUUUUCCCUACACCUUGAACUCUGUAUUAUGAAUUUAUGAUGCGAUGUCGCAAACCUAUCAGUGCUUGUCUGUGUAAUCUUGUGUUUCAAAAUAAAGAGGGGGAUAAAAUCAUUCAAUCGUACUCAUCUUUUGAAUGAAUGUGCAGAGGUCCUGCCAUUAUUUCA